AUGGCCAACAGAAUUCUCCUCCAAAAUGGUACUGUUCUAUCUCACGAUGGUGAUAAAGUCGUUGUUCUCAAGAACCACGAUGUUCUCAUCGUCGGAAACACAAUCCAUCAUAUCGGGCAGGGCCUCGAACUUACAGGGGAGAGCAGGGUAAUAGACUGCACCGACAAGAUCAUAUCCCCCGGGUUCAUUGAUACGCACCACCAUAUGUGGCAGACUCAAUUGAAAGGAAGACACAGUGACGAGAGUUUUAUGGAUUACAUGGUCUCAGGGAACGUCCAAUCCUAUAACUACUCACCCGAAGACAUAUUCUGGGGUCAACUAGCAGGCUGUCUCCAAAGCAUCAAUGCAGGUGUAACCACAGUCGUUGACCAUGCACACAUGACUUAUUCCCCUGACCAUGCAACCGAAGCCAUCCGCGCGACCACAUCUUCCGGUCUGCGCUCAAUCUUCUGCUACAGCUCCAUCUGGCGUAUCAAAAGCUGGUCCUCGGCAGUCGAGUACGACGACACUUUAAUUCCGGACUGGUGGUAUGAUACACUCGCCUCACUCGCCAAAUCCACGCCGUACGGUGACGGGCGUGUCACUUUGGGCUUGGGAUUUGAUCAAUUUCAGCUUCCCAAGGAACAAGUUAUACGACUCUGGGAGAAAGCCCGCGAGCUAGGCGUAAAAUUGAUGACGACUCAUUUUCUCGCUCAUUCAAUGAAAAACUCCGUCAACCUCCUCUCCGAAUAUGGCCUCUUGGACGCAUCAAUCCUCUUCUCGCAUGCCAACGGCAUCUCUGAAUCCGACGCCGCUCUCUUGACUUCAAAAGGGGCACACAUCUCCGCCACACCCGAGACAGAAAUGCAAAUGAUUCUCGGCGAAAGCGUCGCUUUCAGGAACGACCUCAAAUCGCAUGCAUCGAUUGGAGUGGAUUGUCAUUCCAACAAUUCAAGUGAUCUCCUCACGCAACUCAGGAUGGGCAUGCAGUCCGCCCGAGCCGCGGAGAACAGUCAAGCCAUGGCCGAGGGGAAGUAUCCUAGCAUCAAAAUCAAAGUCGAAGAGGCGUUUAACCUUGGCACAAUCCAGGGCGCGAAGGCGAUUAAUAUGCAGGAUCAGAUUGGGAGUAUUGAGGUCGGUAAACGGGCUGAUAUAGUUGUUUUUGAUGCUUCAUCGCCGGGGAUGGUGUGUGCGGCUGAGGAGGAUGCUGUUGCGGCGGUGGUGAUGCAUGCUGGCGUUAGCGAUAUUCAGACGGUGAUUGUGGAUGGGGUGGUUAGGAAAGAAGGGGGUCAACUAGUUGAUAUCAGAAUCUUAGAUAGUCUAAAAUUUACCUACGAUCCCCCCAUUAUCGAGACCGACGAGGAAAGCCAUAUCUUAAACAAUUACAACGGCUGGAUCAACCCCGAGGAUCUAGCUCCCAUGCCACAAUGCAUAGCCCAGCAGGACCAUUCCACCUGGCUGGCAGCCAUGACAGCAUGCACUAGCAAACAGUGCACCUAUAGUUUUGCCUUCAUCUGUAUCCAUCACCAAUGGCUGACUGAACUCAGCUGUCUCAGUACCGAGUUCUCCCCGGAUCUGCUGGAAGCUUAUCUGCCAUACUGUAGUAGAUCGGUGCUUAGCAAAGCGCAGCUGUACGCGUGGAUUUGGAAUGUGACGAGCCGGACGUGGCUUGUUGAUGUUGGUGAUGCGAAUGAGUUGCAAAAUUUGUCACCGGCUUCUCUGGUGGAGGGUUAUGCGGAUCUUGACGUGGUUCAUUAUGCGCCGACGUGUUUGACCGAGUCCGUCGCUACUCAGUCAAAAGAGGCGUAUGAGCAUGUAAUGGCGUCGUGUAUGUUCACCGGCUCGACUCAAAAUACGGGGAAUGACGAUCCUUCUUGGGAGUACAAUGAAUCACAACAGUCUAUGAUCCCUCUGGGCUUUGAGACCGUUGGAUAUGAUCUGACCGGACAUGAUAUUCACGAUGGCAGUUACUUUGAUAAAGACUGCUUUUGCAGCUUCUUUGCUAUAGACCCAGAUGACGAACCAUGUUCGAGGUCUCACCAAUUAGACUUGACAAGAGAGCGACUGUGGAUUAAUGCGACCUGCGGAUCCUCAUCCUUGACCAAAAACUGGACAGACACAAUCCAAACAACAGACUUUGGAUAUAUUCCUCUCAAAAACUGGCAGUGGCCUUCGUGUGUGACGGACAUGCCGCAGCAACUGACUUCGCUUCCUGGCCACUGUGCAGCCGAAGCCUGUGAGCUCGACGCAGAUGGAUAUUGCAGCAAGAUCCAGCCGGCAGUUCAGAGGGCUUGCUUCUGCCACAACAUCAGCUACGAUUCCUGCGGAGGUUUGUGUCAUGUAUUUGAGACCCGAAUCGAGUAUGUCAAGUGGCUGCACGAUAUCUGUGGUGAUGUGGAGGACUGGCAUGGUCUGCCUAAUGAUUGGCGUCUAUUAGCUGCUCCUACUUCUCGGGACAUCAUUCCGUGGAGAUGGACUGUCGAGUCAUCCGAAACAAAGGGAGACUGUCCUUCAAAUGGAUGGAAUCUUGGAAGUCUUGCUCUAGUCAACUGUGCUACAUUAUUUGCAGUAAUGCACAACCAUAGAUAUGGCUUACGUCGUCUUGCGCACCGCUGGCAACCGCGCUCUUGGUAUUCCAGGGGUCUUUCAAUCGCUGUAUGCCAAAUAAUUGCAAACUAUAUCAACGCCCUUGGAGUCCAAGCAACUCGUGGCUACGAAGACGCACCCGUGACUCAACUAAUGCUCCUCUGGAGUACAGUGCCUCGACUGCUUUCCUGGUUCUUGAUUCUGUUUCUUGGUGCACAACCAUUUGAGGCGAUAAAUUUGUCUGCUGUUGGGGCUUGUUUAUUUGCUGAAUUCAUUCUCCAGGGUUUCUCAUCCUAUUAUAUGAUCACGACCGUGAAAUAUGGCAUAGAACACAGGUUCUACUUUGGAGGAGGUUUGGAAAAUGCGGAAAGAGUCUGGAUCGCCAGAAUGAUGUAUCAUGGAGCACUUAUGUGGCUUGUGAUUGUGGGCAUGGUGCUCGCUCUCCUUGAAUCACCAGCCGCCAAACCGCAGAGAGAUGGAAAGGGCAUAUCAACGUUUGCAGAGGGAAUUAUGGCCCAGGUUCGGGAGCGUUACACACGAUUCGGGGAAAAGGCGAUCCAUUUUUGCAUAAUCGAGUGUAUGGACCCAGGAGAAAUUCUAUCGAUAAGAAACAAUAGAUCGACGUAUGGCACCUUUUCGUCCACAAGUCAGAAUCGCUGGGCUUCGCAUCAGACCUCUAUUGGACUGUAUGCGGCUUUGACUCUCGGCAUGGGUCUGCUCUGGCUUGCGCAGUGGUUGUUUUGGAGUGGGUUUGUCAUUCUCAGUUCCGAAGAAUACUGUCCUCCUUAUCUUGGGCCGCUCACGGCUGUUUGGAUUAUCUUUUCGUUGGCGGCGACUGUUUUUGGAAUCCCUUGA